UCAGAGCAAUAAUGUCCAGAAUGGCCCCGAAAGACAGCCAAGGAUCUCUGUUUACAAGUCUCACCCUGGCUGACCACGUGGCUGGGUUGAUCCUCAGCCCUUCGUUUGCUUUCAUCUACGAGGCCACCAUGAACUUUAUGCGAGGUUUUAUCUACCUUGUCUUCGCCAGCACUCAUCUAGUUGCAUUUGUGCUAUUGAUAUUGUUUGCAUGUUUGACAUAUAAGCACAACAGGCGUAUUGAACACGAGGACACUGUGACAAUACAGGACAAGGAAUGGCCUCAACAGUCUUCCCAAAGCAACCUGGCACAGAGCACUGAAAUGUGAAGAACACUUCAGGCAUUGAGCCAACGAUGUCAUUCGUCCACCACCGAUACUAUGCAAAU